AUGUUCUACGCCCGUUUCGCCGCGGCAGCUCUGCUGUCCGCCCUCACUGUCGACGCAGCCCCGACACCCGGCAAUCCUGUCACCAAGCCGCCACACUUCAAGACGCAGAAGGUGGUGCCAAAGCAAUUCGCCGACCCGGGUCUGCUGCACGACGGCGACACCUGGUACGCCUUCGCGACCAACAAUGGCAAGCAAAACGUCCGCGUUGCCACCUCGACCGACUUCAACACCUGGACCGUCAAGGAAAACUGGGACGCGCUUCCGCACGCCGGAGCAUGGACGGCGCAGCCCAAGAUGCAGACGAACAAGCUGAUGCCGACGUCCAGCGACUUCCUGGACACGAUUGGCGAUCUGCUCGAGGGCCGGUGGCCGUGGUCGAACGCGCCGCCGGCCGUGUGGGCGCCGGACGUGCAGACCAACGACGAGGGCAUGUACGUGCUGUACUACUCGGCGGCGAAGAAGGACAAGCCUCGGCACUGCGUCGGAGCCGCACUGGCCGCGACGCCGGACGGGCCCUUCCAGCCCCAGGCCGAGCCGUUCGCGUGCCACGACGACCAGGGCGGCAGCAUCGACCCGGCGGGCUUCAAGGACACGGCCACGGGCAAGCGCUACGUCGUGUACAAGAUCGACGGCAACAACGCCGGCAACGGCGGCCUCUGCGGCAACACGAAGGCCCCGCAGGUGCCCACCCCGAUCAUGCUGCAGGAGGUCGGCCCGGACGGCGUCACCAAGAUUGGCGAGCCCAAGCAGAUUCUCGACCGCGGCGAGGCUGACGGCCCGCUCGUCGAGGCCCCCUUCCUGCACCGCACCGAGAGCGGCAAGUACGUGCUGUUCUUCUCGUCCAACUGCUACUCGACCGACCUCUACGACAUCGGCUACGCUUCGGCUGAUAGCGUCGAGGGCCCCUACACCAAGGGCGGCCCCUUCGCCGUCACUGGCGUCGCUGGCCUGAAGGCGCCUGGUGGCGCUUCGAUCGCGCUUGAUGGAAAGCACAUGGUCUUCCACGCCGCCGAUGCUGACGGUGGACGCGCCAUGUACACUGCUGAGGUUUCGUUCGAUGAGACGCCCGAGAAGCACAUCAAGGUGGUGGGCAAGAACGCUUAA